CGUUAGCCGGCAGAUGGACCAGUGGUGCGCAUGCACGCUGGUUCCGUGCCGUGUGCGCAUGCGUGCGGAUUAGAACGCGGCGCCGUUGUCAUGGAACUGUUGGAGGCAAGGGGUCGGGCUCGGACCGCGAAGCGUUAUACGGUGCCCGGCCCCAACCCUGGCCCCGCACUUCCUUGGGACCGCUUUUCUGCCUGGCUCGAGUGUAUUUGUGUGGUGACAUUCGACUUGGAGUUAGGACAAGCUAUCGAGCUGGUUUAUCCCCAUGAUGUUCGACUUACAGAAAAGGAGAAAACCAGCAUCUGCUACCUGUCCUUUCCAGAUUCCUACUCUGGUAAGAAAUCUACAGAAGGAAGGCAGACUUUCUCCUUAAUGACCUUUUGUAGUAAAUUGUUCUCAUGCGAAUCAUUCUAUUCCAUCCUGAAAUAUAUUUACUUCUGUACUUUAUGCUGUUAUUUCUUAUGUGAGCAUGUGGGAGAUGACGUUCCAGGCAGCGAAGGCCUACAUGUCAAAGUCUCCCUGUACUUGGAAGAUGUCAUCGUUUUCUGCUCAGAUCCACUUUCGCAGGUCUGUCAGCAUCUGUGGAGGGAAAGCAGACGGGAUCGAGCACAUUAUUAUGGAUUUGUGUACUUCCGACAAGUCAAAGAUUGUACAGUUAAACGAGGAUAUUUUCAAAAGUCACUGGUGCUGAUUUCUCGACUUCCUUUUGUGAACCUCUUCCAUUCUCUACUGCAACUAGUUGCACCUGAGUAUUUUGAGAAGCUGGAGCCUUGUCUAGAGGCAGUUUGUAAUGAGGUAGACCAAUGGCCAGCUCCAGUCCCUGGAAAAACACUCAGCCUGCCUGUCAUGGGAGUGGUUAUUCAGGUGCGGAUUCCAUCCAAAAAGGACAAACUCGGAACGAGCCCUCUCAAACAAUCCAACCAGGAGAAUCUAUUGCCAGCACCAUUGGUCAUUCCCACAGUACAUGAGUUGGAUCUGUUUGGGUGUUUCCAAUCAAUUUUGAUACAUAUCCAAAUGCUUUGGGAACUGAUGUUGCUUGGAGAACCAGUGAUUGUCAUGGCAGCAUCACCCAAAAUUUCUUCAGAUCUUGUGCUGGCACUGACCAGCUGUAUUGAGCCCCUGAGAUACUGCUGUGACUAUCGACCUUACUUCACCAUCCAUGACACUGAAUUUAAAGAGUACACAACACGAACACAGGCGCCGCCAAAUGUUAUCUUGGGUGUGACAAAUCCUUUCUUCAUCAAAACAUUCCAACACUGGCCACACGUUAUUCGUAUUGGAGAUGUGAGAAUGUCAGGUGAUUUACCCAAGCAAAUUAAAGCGAAGAAACUGAUGAAGCUUAGAACACUAGACACAAAACCAGGUAUCUACACGUCUUACAAAACAUUUCUGCACAAAGACAAGGCAUUUAUUAAACGGCUUUUAAAGGGUAUUCAAAGGAAACGUCCACCAGAAGUGCAGAGUGUCAUUGUUCGUCGCCACUUACUGGAACUAACUCAAAGUUUCAUUAUUCCCCUGGAGAGAUAUGUUGCUAGUCUGAUGCCACUUCAGAGAACCAUCACUGCAUGGAAGAACCCACCACAGAUCCACCCAUUUAUCAAAGAAGACUUCAUGAAGACACUGGAAUAUGCUGGACCGCAACUGACCUCUGUGCAAAAAGGAGAUUGGGAAGGAUUAUACAGACGCUUUUUUAAAUCUCCUAACUUUGAUGGCUGGUUUCGUAUGAGAUACCAGGAGAUGUGUAAGAAGCUGGAGAUUCUUCACCUUGAGGUGUUGUGUGAGGCAGAUCUACUGAUGUGGGUACGAGAAAAAUCUGAAGUGGAAGUUGUGGACCUGGUUUUGAAAUUGCGUGAGAAAUUGAUAAAAGCAAGGGUUCAUCAGCUUUCAGUCAGGGCAGACUUGCUGGAGAAACUGGAAUUGUACUUGGAAACAGUAAUUAGCUCCCUGCCUGAUGAUCUACAAGUUAUGCUGCACCAACAUUGAUUGGAACAGCAAGCGGUGUGCAGGCAGUUCAGCCCGUCAGAAGAAAUCAACAGAAAGAAGUUGCAUGGACAUCACGUUUUCUGCUGUCAAAUUUUGAAAUAUCCAUGUACAAAGACCAUUGGAUGCGAUGGUUAGGUUGAAAUGGAGUGAAAGCUUCCAUUCAAUAACCAGAGUUAUUUGCAAAUGAUGAACUAAAAUGUUAAUAAUGUAGCCUAACUUGUACACAUAUAUAGUACUACUCUGUAGUUUUAAAAAUGUAUCACUGGAUUCAAUUAAACAGUUUA